ACACUCUUUUUAUUUGAUCUCUCUAUCUUCUUUAUAAUCUUUCUCUCUCUACACUCUGGCAGUUUCACUCUCAGCCUCUCUGUCUUUGAGUUUAACACUAUGCACAGACAAUCCUUAGGUUCACCAUCUUCCAAACUCCAUCUCCAUGGAGUCAUCAACGGCGCAGAAACUCUCAUCGCCGACGAACCACCGAAACCUCACCGUCUCUCUUCACCUCCUCCUACACCGCACAAGUUCAUUCACCUCAUUCCGAUCCUCACUCUCUUCUGCUUUUUCAUCCUCUACUUCUUCUCCCACACUCCUUCACCUUCAGACCUAGAUCACCAUUUCACCGGAUUCAAACGUCAUCAUUCAGUUUCAUAUUUUUCUCCAGAAUUGAAUAGUGAUAUUGGAGUACAUUACGUGGAUUCGAAAAGAAGCGAUGGAUUGGCGAUUAGAAGUUUGCAACAGAUUCCUAAAUCUCAACGUCACAGAAAACUCGCCGAUUUUUAAUCAGCAAUCUUCAAACUCUUCACACGUGUGAUUCUUCCAUCCUUAUCCUUCCAUUCUAUAUUUUAUCUGAAGUGUUAUAGAUUGUGGAUUCAGUCGGUAAAAAAAAUGAAUAAAUCAUCCUCUCAUAUGUUCCAUUCAAUUGCAUAGUUAAUUUUAUUAAUUAUUAUUCAUUAAUAGUAGUAUCGUAUUUAGUGUUCGGCUUAAGAUAGCAGUCAAUGCGCCGGGUGUUGGAAUACAGCUGUAUUCUGUUUUGUGACCGUUGCUUCGUUUCGAGUGCCGUUAAGGACUGCCAGCUGGAAAUUGCGGUGUUUUAAUUAAUUGUUGCUGCCUCGGUUAGAAAUAAAACGGGUCUUCUUACGCCGUCACCGCUGCGUGGUGUAAUUGCGAUGACACGUGGCGUUAUUUGGGGGCAAAUAAACGGAAAAAAUGCUGCAAAUAAAAAGUGUCGGUGUUGGAAGUUUAACAAAACGGCGUCGUGUAAGAAAGAAUCUUAGAACUAUACGGAAAUAAUCAAAUGAAUGAUUGGGCCAGGAUCCAGUGUGGUUGAUGGUGCAGUGUUUGUGUAGGUGGGACCUGGAGGUUUUAUUUUUUAUUUUAUUUUUUAUUUUUUAUUUUUUGGUUGGUAGCUCAUCAUGUUGAAUGCUGAUAAAGCAAUAGGAUAAGUUAUUAGUAUUAGAAACGGUAGGGAUCAUAUAAUUCAUCAAACUAUAUCCAAAAUAUGAAUGAAUACAUUAAGUAUUGUAUU